AUGAGGGUCGAUGACAUGAACCCCCGCACAGGGAUGGUGGUGGCCAUCAGCAGCCCCUUACUGUUCUUUGGCUUCAUGUUCACCAUGUCGGGCAUGAAGGGAGAGACCCUGGGCGGGAUCCCUCUCAUCGCCAUUGGACCUGCCAUCUGCCUCCCAGGGGUGGUGGCUAUCAUUCUGGCUAACAGAACCAAUGGCUGCACCAAGUUCCCCACCUGGCGCCAAUGUCUCAACUGCCUCUGUCGCAAGUGUAGGAGGAGGAAGCAGAUGCCUAGAACCAAAGAGUCUUCCAAGGUGGCCAGAGACUCAGAGGAGCCUUAUGGGGACAAGAGGACUGAGACUGGGUAUAGAUCUGGGGCUGGAGCAGACUCUGUAUCCAUUACCAUUACAACAGUGAAGGAAUCUGGUCAUCUGAUCAAUAAAGUGAAGCACAACCAUGAUGAGGUGCGACGCUACCCAGCUAGUGCCUUGAUGGCCAUGGCAGGUGUCUCUAACUACAGUAUCUAUGAUAGUAAGUCCUACGCUCUGGACAGUCACUGUGGGGCCUAUAGUAGUAAGGUGCAUUGUGUGCCUCAGCAGCAACGGGACAGUUUUGUGGUGUACUACGAGGGAGACUUCUCUCCGUACGGACCCGGUUACUGCCACACCAAACCCAGAGAUUUUAUGUGGGGCAUAGAGACUGUGGUCUAA